AAGUGGAAAUUUUAUUUGAGCCGUAACAAUAUCUUCGCAGCAGCAGCACAGCAGGCGCAACUUUCAGGACCGAAUCUCUCCAACUGUUGGUUCUUCACCCAUAGGCUCUGCUGUGCGCUGGCGAGAGAGGGAGCGAUGGAGAUCACUGCUGCGGCUGCACAGCCCAUGCCAGGAACCUCUUGGUACACUGGCUGCAUCACCGCAUCCCAGCCCCAGUGAGCUCAUGGGGCUCAGCUGGACUCGGAGAGGUAGCACAGGCACAUCAUGAACACGACUGUCAUGGAAAGUCUGUGAGAGGGACGCUUGUUCCACGGACUGCCCGGACAAUGAAGAAUUGGCGUGCCGCCCCCUCCCUCGCCCCCCCAAGCUGAUGCCAAGGCGGGCGGCCGGCCGCCGGCACAUGAAUAGCAGGUCUGUUCCAGCAGCUGCGUGUCCUGGGCCAGAGAAGAGAGAGUCUCCAGCAGCGUGGAGUGCCCCGCUCCGUGCGCUGUCUGCAAAGGAAGAAGCCUUGGGGGUGAAAGGAUGGCCUCGGAAGGGGAGAACAUCAAUCUCCAAGGUGUGAAUCCUCGGCUCCGGCUUAACGGGCCAAUGAACAUCAACCACUACGCGACCAAGAAGAGCGUGGCAGAAAGCAUGCUGGACGUGGCGCUCUUCAUGGCCAAUGUCACGCAGCUCAAGGCGGUGCUGGAGCAGGGGUCUUCCUUCCAGUACUACGUCACCCUCAUCGUGCUCAUCAGCAUCUCCCUGUUCUUCCAGGUGGUGAUUGGGAUUCUCCUCAUCAUCACUGCUCGACUGAACCUGAAUGAUGUUGCAAAGCAACCCCGUCUGAAUAUACUCAACAAUACUGCCACAGCUCUCAUCUUCAUCACGGUCAUCCUCAACAUCUUCAUCACAGCCUUUGGGGUGCAGAAGACUGGCCUCUACCCUACCAGGAAUUUUCGACCUUAUUAAGUCAUGGGGCAAUGGAGUCAGGACCUGGGCAGUGUGGCUGGUGGGAAAGCUCUCCUCUGUUUUCACUGACCUCAGCAGGAGCCCAUUGACGAAUCCAGAGAACUGGGUUAAACUUUCGAAACUGUGUACAUGUCACGGUAUACCGGCCCCUUACUGUAAUGCUUUUGUAGUUCUGAAGGGGUGAAAGCAUUGCCUUUCAAAGCUAGAGCAAACUUUGCUAGAUAAACCUACAGGAACAGCAGCAGGUACACAAUUUCAGAGUUCUGUAAAUCUCAUCUCUUCUUUUAGUUGCCUGCUUCACAUAAUCAAUAUUGGCUCAUUUUGUAGAGAAGACUGAACGGUUUACUUUGUAGGCUAAAUAAAUGAUAAAAGUCCAGCUUUUUUUGUCUCAAGCAUAAUUUGCUAUACUUAAAGCAAUUCUAUCUAAUAGUUUACUUCCCAAAUGUUGGACUGGUUUUCUCAAAUUAAAAAAAAAGAAAAAAAAAAGAAGCUCUCAUGGGAGGAUAAAGUGUUGGUGUAUCAGCGUAGCUAAAACCAGUUAAAAUGUCUUCCUAGUUGUUUAAAAAUAAACACGACACAGUUAGGAAAACAAUCAGAUGUUUCCAGCAUUGGAAAAUUAACCAUGACAGAAAAUAGAUAUUAUAGCCUGACGUCUUUGCCAGGGACCUAUCAGGAAUUAUGUCAGAAGAACCUGACAAUAUUUAGUAGAAAAUGAAGAAACAUUAUACAUAAGGAGAUACUCUAGGCUUAUUGCCACAAUGAGAAAUGAAAGAUGCAUAGUGUAUUACUUUAUUAAAAAAUUACCAUUAUAAUUUAAGGUCUUAUCACUAACAUAAAUAUUUUAAAACAUAUCACUGUUACAUUGACAAUGCCGGGAAUUCUCUCAUAUUAGAACAAUUUGUUUCCUUAAAAGAGGUCUUUGAAUUAAUGAUUUUCAGGUUUUAUUUGAAAGAGUAAAAAUAUUUGAUCUUAAAUUUUGUAGCUCUGUAGUCACGCUAAAAAAUGGUAUUUUAAUGGCCUGGUAUAAGCCUAUUUAAAUAAUGACAUGCUUUUCUGAUUAUUAAAUGAUUUUUUCAUUGUACGGCAGAACCAGA